UCACUUCACCGUGUGAGCGGGUCUGCGGGAAGCGGCUGGUGAUCAGUGACAGUAGCUGUCAGUGAGGUGGCGGUUACUAACGUUACAGCAGAUGGCUGUGAAUCUGACGGUGAACCUCUCCAGCCCUUGCUUAGGUGUAUUACUAACUGUGGAACAUGUGAAAAACUCUGUCAAUGUGUUGGUUGAAGAGGGUAAAGAGAAUGUGCUGCAGAUUUCUGAAGACGUUGUAUUCAAUGAUGUGAAUUCCAUCGUUCGCUACCUGGCUCGGGUAGAUACAGAAAAUAAGCUCUAUGGAUGUAAUCUACUAGAACAAACUGAGGUGGACCAUUGGUUGGAGUUCAGCAAAACAAGGUUGGCAAGUUCUGCAGUGUUCCCUGCAGCAAUACAAGAGCUGAAUUAUGCACUUUCUCUCAGGACAUUCCUGGUUGGACAUGAAUUGACACUGGCUGAUCUCUGUGUAUGGGCAGCAUUGAAAGAAAGUAGCCUUUGUCAGCAGCAACUAGGUCAGAAUAAACUAUCCACUCAUGUUAAACGCUGGUACAACUUCCUUGGUGCUCAGAAUGCAUUUCAGUCUGUGUGUACAAAAUGGGCAACAGUAACUCCACAGAAUACAAUGAUGAAUAAGAAGAAGGAGGAUCGUGGAAAAUUUGUUGAUCUGCCUGGUGCAGAAAUUGGGAAAGUGGUAGUAAGAUUUCCACCUGAGGCCAGUGGUUAUCUGCACAUUGGACACGCCAAAGCUGCUCUCCUGAAUCAGCAUUAUCAAGUGAGCUUUAAGGGGAAACUUAUCAUGAGGUUUGAUGACACCAAUCCUGAAAAGGAAAAGGAAGACUUUGAGAAGGUUAUACUGGAAGAUGUUUCAAUGCUACACAUUAAACCUGAUCAAUUCACCUACACCUCUGAUCACUUUGAAAUUAUAAUGCAAUAUGCUGAGAAAAUGAUUAGAGAUGGGAAGGCCUAUACAGAUGACACACCACCAGAUCAAAUGAAACAAGAACGUGAACAAAGGAUUGAAUCUAAACGCAGGGCAAAUUCUGUGCAACAGAACAUGAAAAUGUGGGAAGAGAUGAAGUCUGGAACGGAGUAUGGGCAAACCUACUGUUUACGAGCAAAGAUUGACAUGACUUCCAAUAAUGGUUGCCUCAGGGAUCCCACACUCUACCGAUGCAAGAACAUGCCGCAUCCACGCACAGGACUCAAAUACAAAAUUUACCCAACGUAUGACUUUGCAUGCCCAAUAGUGGACAGCAUUGAAGGUGUCACACACGCACUUAGAACAACAGAGUACCAUGACCGGGAUGAGCAGUAUUACUGGAUUAUUGAUGCUUUGGAAAUUCGAAAACCGUAUAUUUGGGAAUACAGCCGCCUUAAUCUAAAUAACACUGUGUUAUCAAAGAGGAAACUAACCUGGUUUGUUAACGAAGGCCUUGUGGAUGGAUGGGAUGAUCCUCGCUUCCCAACAGUGCGUGGAGUCCUGCGGAGAGGCAUGACUGUUGAGGGAUUGAAACAGUUUAUUGCUGCUCAAGGUGGCUCAAGGUCUGUUGUGAACAUGGAGUGGGACAAACUCUGGGCUUUUAACAAGAAGGUUAUUGAUCCAGUGGCACCUCGGUAUACCGCAUUAUUAAAGGAUGCAGUGGUGCCUGUGAAUGUGCCAGAGGCCAAGGAAGAGAUGAAAGAUGUGGCCAAGCAUCCUAAGAAUCCGGAAAUGGGGCUGAAGCCUGUGUGGUAUGGACCAAAAGUACUAAUUGAGGGAGCAGAUGCUGAAACUUUGACAGAAGGAGAAAUGGUUACUUUUAUUAAUUGGGGUAACAUCAACAUCACUAAAAUUAACAGAAAUCAAGGUGGAAAGAUUACAUCGCUUGAAGCGAAAUUAAAUCUAGAUAAUCAGGAUUAUAAGAAGACAACAAAGCUUACAUGGUUAACUGAACAUCCACAAGCUCCACUGGUUCCCACAGUAUGUGUCUACUAUGAGCAUCUAAUCAACAAAGCUGUAAUCGGCAAGGAUGAAGAUUUCAAGGACUACGUUAAUCGAAACAGCAAGCAAGAAGAAUUAAUGCUUGGUGAUCCCUGCCUUAAAGAGCUUAAAAAAGGAGACAUCAUCCAACUACAAAGAAGAGGCUUCUUUAUCUGUGACCAGCCGUAUGAACCAGUUAGUCCAUAUAGUUGCAAAGAAUCUCCUUGUGUUUUAAUCUACAUCCCUGACGGUCAUACCAAGGAAAUGCCAACAUCUGGUUCCAAGGAGAAGAGUAAACAUGAUGCAGUUAACGUGAUUAAAGCUGACACUGCAUCAUCCACUACUGUAUCAUCUCAUGUUGACUCCACUGCCUCAAAAUGUGACACUCUUGACCUUACUGCACUUUACAACAAAGUAGCUCAACAAGGUGAAGUUGUACGUGAAUUAAAGGCAAAGAAAGCAUCCAAGGAAGAGGUGGAUGCAGCGGUAAAAGUACUUUUGAUCUUGAAGGCAGAAUAUAAACAGCAGAGUGGUACUGAAUACAAGCCUGGAAAGCCACCUGCAGCUACUGCUAAUCCUGUCUCUGCACCAAAGACCUCCGAUUCAACUAAUAGGAUUCUGUAUGACAAGGUUUAUCAACAAGGAGAGGUAGUUCGAAAGCUCAAAGUAGAUAAAGCCCCACAGGUUAAAGUGGAUGAGGCAGUAAAAUCACUCCUAGCCUUAAAAAUGGAAUAUAAACAGAAGACUGGUGAAGAGUACAAACCAGGGAAGCCACCUGGUGUACCAGUUGCAGCAGAAAGUCCAACCGUUAUCUCCACUGCAGGAGCGAAAGAACUUGAUGAGAAAACACUACACAGCAAAGUUGCAGAACAAGGAGAUAUUGUGCGCAAACUUAAAGCAGAGAAAGUUGCUAAGGCAGUGAUAGAUGCUGCUGUGGCUGUGCUCCUGGACCUGAAGAGCCAAUAUAAAACUUUAACAGGAGUGGAGUAUAAACCAGCUGCAGGUACUGAUGAUAGGAAUAAAAACAGAAAAGAGAAACAAAACGAAUCUGAGAAACAGAAUAAGUCUGACAAAUCAGAGGAACACAAAAAAGAUACAGCAAAAGAACAGGAGGGAUCAAGCAGUGGAGGUGCAGGUGAAGGCCCAGGACCCAAGAAACAAACAAGAUUGGGCAUUGAAGCAAGAAAAGAAGAGAAUCUAGCAGACUGGUAUUCACAAGUCAUUACAAAAUCCGAAUUGAUUGAAUAUUACGAUGUCAGUGGCUGCUAUGUUCUCCGACCCUGGUCUUAUAGUAUCUGGGAAACCAUCAAAGACUUCUUUGAUUGUGAAAUUAAGAAACUUGGUGUGGAGAACUGUUACUUCCCCAUGUUUGUGUCUCAGGCAGCCCUUGAGAAGGAGAAAUCGCAUAUAGCAGAUUUUGCUCCAGAGGUUGCUUGGGUAACAAGAUCAGGGAAGACUGAGUUAGCAGAACCAAUUGCUGUUCGACCAACAAGUGAAACAGUCAUGUACCCAGCUUAUGCCAAAUGGGUGCAGUCACAUCGUGAUUUACCAAUAAAACUCAAUCAAUGGUGCAAUGUAGUGCGUUGGGAAUUCAAACACCCACAACCAUUUCUACGCACUCGUGAGUUUUUAUGGCAGGAAGGGCACACAGCAUUUGCUACACGUGAGGAGGCCACAGAAGAGGUUUUGCAAAUUCUGGAACUGUAUGCACAAGUGUAUGAGGAGCUACUUGCAAUCCCUGUCGUAAAAGGAAGAAAGACUGAAAAAGAAAAGUUUGCAGGCGGUGACUACACGACUACAGUUGAGGCCUUUGUAUCAGCCAGUGGAAGAGCCAUCCAGGGAGCCACUUCGCACCAUUUGGGACAGAAUUUCUCAAAGAUGUUUGAGAUUGUGUUUGAAGAUCCAAAGAAACCUGGAGAGAAGCAGUUUGCCUACCAGAACUCCUGGGGACUUACAACUCGAACUAUUGGGGUAAUGACAAUGGUCCAUGGUGAUAACCAAGGUUUGGUAUUGCCUCCAAGAGUUGCUUGUGUGCAGGUUAUAAUAAUCCCAUGUGGGAUCACAAACACCCUUUCAGAAGAAGAUAAGAACUCUUUAAUAAACAAGUGUAGCCAGUAUCUUGACCGGUUGACCAAUGUUGGAAUUCGUGCUCGGGCUGACCUGAGGGAUAACUACUCACCUGGCUGGAAGUUCAAUCACUGGGAGCUGAAAGGUGUACCAAUCAGGCUAGAGGUUGGACCACGGGACUUGAAAAAUAAUCAGUUUGUGGCUGUCAGACGAGACACUGUCAGCAAAUUUACAAUACCAGAAGCUGAUGCUGAGACGAAGUUGAAGAAUUUAUUGGAGGAAAUCCAAAACAAUCUUUAUAACCGAGCUGCUCAGGAUCUAAAGGAGCAUAUGGUUUUGGCUGACACAAUGGAACAAUUUCAGCAAGAGUUGGAUUCAGGCAAGAUUGUGCAGAUUCCUUUUUGUGGUAAAAUAGAAUGUGAAGAUUGGAUUAAGAAAACAACAACAAGGGAUCAGGAUACUGAGCCUGGUGCGCCAUCUAUGGGAGCUAAGAGUCUCUGCAUUCCGUUCAAACCUCUUCGUGAAUUACAACCUGGAGCCAUAUGCAUCAGUGGCAAGGAACCUGCCCAAUACUAUGUACUUUUUGGCCGCAGCUACUAAUUAGCAAACAAAGUGUGAAAAAAUCAUGUCUUUGACUUCAAAUGUUUUUAUAAGAUGAAAAAUUAUAGUUACUUUCACCUUUUUUGUGUAUUUUUAUCCAGUAAUGAAAAUAAACUGUAUCGUCAACUAAAACAAAACUCCUAGAGCUAUGGCUAUUACAAAUAAAGGUUCCAGAUAUCCUA